GAGCGCUCGGCCCCGCGCGCCGCCAACCUGAUCGGCGCAGGAUGUGGCCUCGCGGUGACGUCAGGGCCAGAUGUUUCCCCAGACCACGCCCCGCAGGGGUCCGGGCCACUCCGAGCAGCGAUAACGGGGAGAGCUUAUUCCGCUGUCACCGCGCCAUGCAGGGGCUGGGGAAGCCGCGUCGUUAUCGUGUGACGCGCUCGAAAACGCAGCAUUAAUUCACGCUCCAAGCAACAGGCUGCCGGUGCCGGGAUCUAUCUGCUCGUCUUUUCCUUCUUCCAUUGGACUUCAGCGCUUUUUUGAUCUAAGGACAAGCUGGGCGUGAUCGUCACGAACGGGAAGGAAAAGUGCCUUUUUCUCACCUCUUCUGUUUGGAUUUCCUUUUGAACUUAUGAAAAAUGGCAACGGCAGCAUACGUGGAUCAUUUUGCAGCAGAAUGCCUUGUUUCUAUGUCCAGUCGUGCUAUUAUCCAUAGUCCCAAAGGGGAGACUGAUCCCCAGCCUGAUGUCACAAUGUGUCCUUCGUCGAAUGGAGAGGAGAAGUGGGAAGUCAGAGAGACUGGGAAGGACAAUGGAUCGUCGCUGAUGGUGGUAGCCAGCAUUUUAGCAGAUCUGAACCAGCACGUCCCAAACUCACCCGCUCUCAAAAGGGAAAAAACAGAGACCUUUGAUAUCACAGAAAAAAUACACAUUUCUAUCACUCCUAAGGAGUUUGGGGAAGAAAGUGUGUCUUCGGCUAGUAAGCGUGGAGGAGGAAAAGCAACCACACCUACUAGCCUGGCUGCAGUAACUGAGCCAAGCCCAAGACAAAAGAACAAACGCGGGAGAAGCUGGACUGACCCUGGAUCACCCCAGAAAAAGCACAAAUGCCACUAUGUGGGGUGUGAAAAAGUUUAUGGCAAAUCUUCCCAUCUUAAAGCUCAUCUAAGGACCCACACAGGUGAGCGGCCUUUUGAAUGCAGCUGGCAGGAAUGCAACAAGAAGUUUGCUCGCUCUGAUGAACUGGCCCGCCAUUACCGCACUCACACUGGAGAAAAGAAGUUCAGCUGCCCUCUCUGCGAGAAACGCUUCAUGCGCAGCGACCAUCUGACCAAACAUGCCCGUCGCCAUGCCAACUUCCACCCGAGCAUGCUCAAGAGACGAAGUGGGAGUAAUUCAAGAACAGGGUCUGUCAGUGACUACAGCCGCUCAGAUGCCUCAAGUCCAACGAUGAGCCCUGCCAGCUCCCCGUAGACCUACCUGCACUGGAUGUCAGCACUUUGCCUCUAAUACCUAACGCGGAGUUCUGUUUGUGUUGCACACAUUUUAAAGAUCCUAUCGCUUUCCCUCCUCAACUUUUCCCUGACCCCUACUUUUUAUAUAUAUAUAUAAAAUCAGUAAAUAGCUGCCUCCCACUGCAAUUUUCAGUCACAUUUUCUUCACCCAACCACACAGCGGCCAUUCUAACCUCAUGGACGUAAUGACGGACUUACAUGUUCCACUUAGUGACUCCUGCUGUCUCAAUAUUUCAUACGUUUUACAACCACAAACAGAUCCUCUUGAUUAUUCUUUAUAAGAAAAUGAGAAAAUCUAAAAAAGAAAAAAAAAAUUAAUUCACCUCAGGUGUCAAAAGUAGUUUUGUAAGACCAGAUUGCACAACAUGAACAUACAUAACACUUACAAAUCAACUGUGUUGGAUGGUGUCCCCCUUCUCCUUUCUCAGGGAUGGAUAUUUAUGUUACACAAUAACUACAAUGAAGACACACCCUAACCGCAGCCUUAUUCUGUAAAUAGAUUUGCACUCAGAAGCUUUUUGUUAGGUUCUUUCACACACUGGGGAAAAAAAACAACAACAGACAAUACAAAAACCAAACCAGUACUGGAAUGUAGUACCAGA